CAAAAGCAUCACAAUGCUCACUGAUUACUUUAUAACGUUUAUUUUAUUUUUUUGUGUUGUGGAGUGUGUUGUAGAUGACUAUCGGUUUGUGUCUGAAAUUGAUGGUUAUCUCAAGCUGCAUCGCAUGCCGGCAAAGUGGGAAGAAGCCCGUUUAAGAUGCUAUUUGGAAGGUGGUGUACUGGCCUCACCAACAGACGUAAACAUAAUAACUGCCAUGAAAGAGAUAUUAAAUAAGGAUAACCAACAAGAAGGUCCAGAGAAAGUUUAUACUGGAAUUCAUGCGACAUAUACUAAAGGGUACUACACGACUAUUACAGGGGUUCCUCUCUCACAGAUUGAUGUGCUAUGGGAACGUGGUCAACCAUGGUCUAACCAUGAGCCUUUUUAUGACCGCGCAAAUAAAUGUCUUGUCAUGAACCAAUCUGGGGAAUUAUCUGUAGUAGAUUGUGAUUCUGAUCAGCCAUUUUUCUGUUUUAAGUUAACGAAGAAUAUUGACGCCCAUAAAUGUGGCCCUGAGUACAUUGACAGUGACUACCAGUUGGAUAACAGAACUAACAGUUGUUACAAGUUCCAUAAAGAAGGCCGGUCGUGGCCAAACUCCUUCAAGACCUGUAUGGCCGAAGACGCAUACCUGGCUAUCAUUAACAGCCAAACUGAGUCCGAAGUCCUUAAAGAAUUAUUUACCAAAUAUUCCCAUGAUGAUAUUCCCGGCAGUUUCCAUAAAGAUGCUGCAAGCAUUGGCUUAACUAAGUGGGUGAAAUUUGGAGAUUGGUUUACUAUUCAUGGCGAAUCGCUGGCUGAGGCCGGAUUUUCUACCUUCAAUUCUGGUGAACCUAACAAUGUAGACCCACCGGAAUUGUGCGGAUCGGUUUGGAGAACUGGCCGGCUUAAUGAUCAUAAUUGCAAUCGAAUCCUCGCUUUUAUAUGUGAGAAAACUCCAUCGCGAAGCAAUGAUAAAGAAACUGAAUUUCAAUGA